CCUCACCACCCGAGCUCACCACCCACAAUGACAACCCAACUCCAACCCAUCAAAGUCUACGGCGGCUCUUUCGGCCCCAACCCCUUCAAAAUCUCCAUCAUCCUCGCAGAGCUCAACCUCCCCACCGAGCCCAUCCCCAUAGACUUUAGCGAGGUCAAGACCCCCGCCUACGAAGCCAUCAACCCGAACGGUCGCCUCCCUGCUAUCCACGACCCCAACACCGGCCUCACCCUCUGGGAAUCCGGCACCAUCAUCGAAUACCUGAUCGAGACGUACGACAAGGACCAUAUCAUUAGCUUUGCCCCUGGCAGCACCGAAUCCCACCUCGCGCGCCAAUGGCUGCAUUUCCAAAUGUCCGGCCAAGGACCGUACUACGGCCAAGCAAUCUGGUUUACGCGGUACCAUCCCGAGCGGGUGCAGAGUGCCGUGGACCGGUAUGUGAAUGAGGCGCGGCGGGUGUCGAAGGUGUUGGAUGGGUGGUUGGAGAGCAGGGAGUGGCUGGUCGGUGGGAAGUUGUCGUAUGCGGAUUUCGCGUUCGUGUCGUGGCAGAAUGGAGCUGGGAGGAUGCUGAAGGAUGAGGGCUUCGAUGAGGAUGAGUUUCCGAAUGUUAAGGCGUGGUUGGGGAGGAUGAAUGAGAGGCCGACGAUUAAGGGGCUCAUUGAAGCGCAGGAUAGGAUGAUGGCGCAGAAGAUGGGGAGUGGGACAGGGAAUUCGAAGUAGUAGCACUCUUUCACGACUCUGCAAAAGCUGCUGCGAAACCUCACUCCAGUCCAAUAGAGUUGUAUCGGCUGUGUCCAAAGUCCUCUGAAUCUCCACCGGUUUCAAAACGCCCCUUUCCUUCACCACCUUCCCAUCAACAAUGACGGUCUCAAUAUCCCGCACACUGGCAUGCAGCAUAA